AUGAGCGACGAGCGAAGUGCGCUCAAAGCAAAGCUAGCAGGCUAUGAGGUGACCGAAGAGCUUUCUUCAAGCGCCUGGCUCUUGCGCACGGAGGAGGCAUCUGCACCGCCGGCAGUGUUGGCCACGGAGGUCUUCUUGGCAAAGGAAAAGGUGGCGCUCAAGUCGUUGCUGGAAAAAGCUUUGGUGUCCGAGGGCACGGAAGGAUGGUUUUGCAACGACCGCUACUAUAAGCAGAUGACCAAGGGUGCAGCUGAUGUUUGCGUGGAGGUCAUUGUCCCCGCAACCGACAAAGACAUCCAAAAGAGGAGGAAGGUCGAGCUGCGCCGGGUUUGCGAAACUCAGGCGUUGUAUGAGGCAGUGACUAUCCCCAGCCUGAUCAGUGGUGCUGAGAAGCGCGACACCUGGGUGGCCAACAUUAUCAAUGGACAGUCGGAGCAAGAACACGUGGUCACAGAACUGUCUGGAGAUGGAUUAGUGGUGGUCAAGGAUUACAAGUGGCAGAAGAUGGACGUUGUCGAUGACUUGUACUACCUGUGCCUCUUUUCCGACCUCACGGUGCGAUCCUUACGAGACCUGCGCGGUGAGCACGUGCCCAUGUUGAAACGGAUUCAGAAGGUGGUGAUCAACGGCCUGGCAGAGAAGCAUGGAGUCGCUUCCUCUCAAUUGCUGGCCUAUGUACACUACCAUCCUACGUUCUUUUAUUUUCACGUUCACGUGGUAAAUUGCAAGCACGCCAUGUUCCAGAGUGAGAAGUCGUCAGAGAACCUUCUGCUCAUAGCGAUGGACCGAUACCACAAGCUGGACACGAUUAUCACUUUGCUCGAAGCGCAGCCGAACUACUUUGCCCAAGCGCCUCUGACCAUUCUCAUUUCACCACAAAGGGCUGAGGUGUAUCAGAAAGCUGCAGCAGAAGGAAAAACUGCAGAAGGUGCGUUGGAGGCCACGUGGAACCAAGGGCAGCCGUUGGUGCGGGAGCAGACCUCCCACUGCAUCAGGGAUCUCAAUGCUCUCCGAGCGGAGGUGAUGUUGCUGAAAUCGGAGGUGGAGUCUGAUCGUUUGAGCGCCAGUGCAGCCGCCAGCUCCAUGGAAGGGAAGCAGAUUGAUGUGCAGGAACAUUUUGAGCGAGAAAGACGUGAGCGAGAUGCCGUGCUGCAGCAGCUCUCCAGAAAGGUGCAGGAUCUGGACCGCGAGUUGCCUCCCAUUCGCGACGAGAUGUCGCUGGUUCGUGAGCAGAUUCGAGCCUUGGAGACAGCGUGGCAUCCACACAUCGAGGACUUACAAGCAACUUUCUUGAAGGAUGUGGAGGCUCGUCAUCAAGCUCACGGACAGCUGGAACAAAGGCUUGCUGAAAUCGAUGCAGGCAUGGCCAAACAUAGUGCGUUGCACAAGGAUCUCCGAGAUCGGUUGCAGACCACUGUCCAUCAGGAGCACCUGGAGAAGUUGGGCCGCGAAAUCCAGACGCACGUCGCCAAGGUUGCCGAGAUGCAGGAGCAUCAUGCAAAUUUGCGGAGCCAUUUGGAAAGUGAAAAGGAGACCAAGAACAAAGCCUUGGAGGACUUGAACUCCUUCAUGUCCCAACAGUUGGGAAGGAACUUGAGUGCUCAGUCAGCUCCUAUUCAGGAGCGCCUGGACUACUUGGAAAAACUGAUGGGUGAUUCCGCUGCGCGCCAUGCUCGGGAUUUGGCUGCAGCUCAUCAAAAGAUCCAGGACCAUUCCGUCCAAUCCAAGGGCCACGUGCAGGAGCAGCUGGCCUACCAAAUCUCUUUGGCUUCUCGAGUGGAGUUCCUGGAGAAAAGUUUGGGAGACUCCGCGGCAAAGCAGAGCCAGGUGCGCAGAUCGGCGGAUGUCAGUGUUGGCAAGGUUGAUACGAGUCCAACCUUGGGGGAACUACAGGGCCAAGUGCGCCUUUUGCUGGGAAGCAAAGCUUUGACGAUGCCAUCCGUGGACGCUGUGGUCUUGGAUGUGGCCUGGAUGCAUGGAGCAGAGGGGGAUGAUCCCCCGGUAAAGGGCUAUUGCCAUCAGUUGCGCUGGGGCAAUAUUUUCUUCCGCUUUCAGCAAUCGCCCUUCCCUCAGCUUGUAGCCCCUCCUGUGACGAUGGCGACCAGUGGGGUCUGGUACUACGGCGGUGAAUGGUGGGUCUAUUGUGAGGUGGUGACCGAGUGUGGCUGGGAGAAUUUCCUUACGGGGUGGCACCCGUACGACUUCGACGGGAAGUAUGUUGGGUUGGGUCACCACCGCCAACUUUGGAGGUAUUUACGGAAACCGCAGAAGAGAUCCUUCGCUUCUGUGGGUGACAGCGCGCCCCUUACCUGUGCCAACAAAAAACAGACGAUAAGGGAAGGGCAAACCCGAGAAGCCCCGCACUUCCCGCAGAGGAGCUUCGGGACGCUCAUCAGAAGAUUACGGAUUUGCCCGGAUGCUCAGCCAAUGUUCAGGGUGAAGGAUGAGCGCAUGGACUUCAUUGAGAACCUCCUUGGGGACAACGUGCAGAAACACAGUGAGGCAUGGCGUGGAGGUGAGAUACAGGCUUGCAGUGUGAAUGGGCGGAACCGCAUGGCCGAACUGCUGGUGACAGUGGAGAGUCGCUUGAAGUAUCUGGAGCAGGCUCUUGGUGACUCAGAUGCGAAGCACCAAGAGGAGCUAAGCCACGCUCAUGCAAAGUUAGAAGCCUUGCAUGGAAGACUUGGACACCUGGAGGAGCUGAAGGCUACAUUGGAUGAGCUGAAGCAUCAUUGUGAGAAACAAGGUACUGGUCUGGAAUACCUGAAGUCCUCACACGCCAACCUAAGCAGCGACAAGUCCGCCCUGGAUUUGCAUCAUGCCAGGUUGAAGGAGCGUGUGGAUUACUUGGAGACCAUGAUGGUCGACUCUGCAGAUCAUCACAAGAAGGCCGCUGGGAAGGGCCUACAGUAUUUGUUGGCGAAUGCAAUCUCCAUUGCAUCCCCAAGUCUUCAUUCGCGAUUUCAAGAAAGUCCACAGGUCAUCGAAGACCACAAAGCCAACCAUGCGAAGCUGGCGAAUGAGCUACGUGCGCGCGAGGCGGCGAGUCAUGCCACCCUGUCCGACCGCAUGGGUUACAUCGAACAGCGGAUGGGGGAUUCCUUUGAGAAGCACGCUCAGGAGCUGGCUGCCGCUGUGGCGAAGAUGGAUGCUGUGUCCGCAAACCUGGAAGCAUUUUUGAGUGGCGAGGGGUAUGUAAUUGCUUUACAAUCAUAA